AAAAUUUUACACUACAUGCAUUCGACACGUCAAAAUAUAAAUUAAAGUAUAUGUCAAAUAUAUUUUAGAAAUGUCAAAUUACAAACAAGAAAAUGAUCCAUUUAAUGCAUGGAAUAUUCCUCCAUCGCAGUAUGGACAACAACCAUCGAUGGGAUUUAAUACAGAAACUGACUACAAUAAUUUACAAUCACAACAAUUAGAUUUCCAGUCUUUUACCGUGGGCGAUCAAAAUGGUUACGAUCAACAACAACCACCAAAUUAUUAUAAUCAAAAUGUUCCUCAACAACAAUACUACUCAAAUGUGCCGAAUAUUUUUACACCAGAAACACCAUCAGAAAUGGCUGAUGGCGGAGAGCCAAGUGAAUUCGAUGAACCGCCGUUAUUAGAAGAAUUAGAAAUAUAUCCAGAUCGUAUAUUAAUGAAAACCCUGGCUGUAUUAAAUCCAUUUCAUUCACACAGUAUCGUAGAUGAUGCUGAAUUCUUAAUCAAAGAUACCGAUUUAGCUGGACCGGUUGCAUUUUGUUUAAUAUUAGCUGUAUGCUUAUUUUUAUCCGGGAACAAAGCUAAUUUUGGUUAUAUUUAUGGUUUAUCAGUUAUGUCAUGUAUUUUAAUGUAUUGUCUAUUGACAUUAAUGUCUGUCACGGCUGGCGUAUUCACGUUAAUGGGAGUGGCCUCAAUUUUAGGAUAUUGCCUGUUACCAAUAGUGGCGUUAUCAGCAUUGGGUGUAUUUGUUUCGUUACAUAAUACACUUGGAUUAGCGUUAGCUGCAUUAGCUGUUAUAUGGUCAAGUUUAUCAGCAUCACGAUUGUUUGUAUCUGUAUCAGGAGAUAGUUCACAACGACCAUUAAUUGCGUAUCCAUGUGCUUUAGUAUGUGGUGUCUUUGCACUUUUGGUAGUGUUUUGAACACAAAAAAAUGUAUAUUUUGUUACGAGUUGUGUCCCAAAUUUCUUACUAAACUAAAAUUGUCAAUCAUUUUGUAAUUUUUAGAGAAUAAAAUACUUAAUUCUUAAUAAUAA